AUGGCCGACCCCGCCUUCCGAGGCUUCGUCGAGACGACCCUCGACGCGCUCCUCAUCUUCGAAGGCUGCAAGCGCGGCCUCUUGCCCAAGAUCUCGCGGCGCCUCCAGGACUUUGAGAAGCGCGAACUCGUCGUAUCGGGCGCCGUGUUCGUCUUUGACGAGGAAGAGACGGGCAUCAAGCGGUGGACGGACGGGUUGACCUGGAGUCCGUCACGAACGUUGGGCAACUUUCUCGUCUACCGCGAAUUGGACAAGAAGGCGGCGUUGCAGAAGAUCCCUGUGACGACAGGAGGCGACGGUGCGAAUGGGGAGGAUGACGAGGAGGGAGGGAGCGGCGGGAAGAGCAGGUUGUUGGGCGGGUUGACGAGCAAGGCGGAUCCGGUAGACGACUCGUCCGACCCGAGCCGGCCAGGUAGCUCGUCUGCAGCACGGCGGUCGCUCGGCGAUGGCGGCGGAGGCUCGCAGCAGCUCGACAGGGCGCGGGAACGCGCCCUCGUCGGCAGCUUGACGUCGAGCUACCGUUUCCGCUCCGACGGACUCGUCAAGAAGACCAUCUCGCUCAACGGCCUCCACCUCAUCGGCUACUACCGCAUCGAAGACGUCACGUCAGGCCGCCUGCGCACCCCGUCUUCCCAUCCCGAACUCGUCUCGAUCGAUGUCUCGUCCGCCUUCCUCGCUCCCGCGCUUUUUCGGAUCCCGCCCAUCGUCGAGAUCGGACCUGACGGAUCGCUGAGGUACAAGGGCGAGGCGGAUGCGCCGCUCUCGCCGUUGACACGGUCAGGCUCGUCUCAGGGCUUUCCUACGCCCGGGCUGAGCCAGUCCCGACCCGCGUCCUCCGACUCGUCUUUCCUGCCGGGCAUGCUGCCCAGUCCCGGCGGCGGCUGGGACUACACUCCGACUGUCCCAGCACCAGGCUCCCCUCGACGCGGCGCCAUGUCUUCCUUUCGCGCCUCGAACCGCUUCGAUCCCUACUCCAGCUCCCGCUUCUCUCCCACAACCGCCAACUUUCCCGCCAACGCAGCCUACCCCUUUCCCGCCGUCCCGCUGAAUACGCCGCCUCCGCCUCGAAACGCCUUCUCACCCGUCGGCGAGAGCUCGCUUGCCUCUACGAACGACGGCUACUUCCAGUCCCGAACACCGCCUGUAGACGGCGGAGCAGGGAUGAGCGUGUCGGCGCCAAUGACGGAGGGUUGGCAAGGUCCGCAGGGAGCGGUGUAUCAGCCUCUGCCGCCUCCUCCGAGUCGAGGCGGUGUCGAUGCUAUGCCGAACAGCCCGUCCUUCUACCAGCCUCGACGAUCAAUACCCUACGUCCCGACGACCGACACCCAAUGCGCCAACACCAUCUUCGCCUACAACCCUCCUCCACCUCCUCCCGCUCCGAAUGCUCCGCUCACAGCGAGCCAGUACGCGCACUACCGCGCGCCGAGUACCGCGACGGGCUCGAUCACGCCGCAGUUCAGCGCGUAUCAGCCGGUGCAGGCGUAUAACCAGCACCAACAGGCUGCGCUCGCUCAAUCGCACAAUCAGCAGCGCCAAUACGUCUCGCCUCUCCCACAUCCUCCUUCAACCGGUGGGGAAGCAUCCCAGUCCCCGUUCGCCACGCCUCCCGCAACCAGCCACGCCGCUCGAUCCGUCUACCCUCACCCGUCUCAACAGCCUACCCACUCGCGAACGACUUCAUCACACAACUCGCCUGCGACGCACUGGGCUCCUCCGCCGCCUCGCUCAGGCGGGCCAAUCCAGGAGCCGACGAGUUCGCUCGCGCAGCAGGCGACGUCGCUCAUGAGCGAGGUCUCGCCGCAUAGUCCGGCCGAUGCGGGUGGAGACUCGAGGAUGCAGAGGCAGCAGCAGGCGGCGAUGCAGGCUGCUUAUGCGUCUGCUGCGUCGUACGGACGAGCACAGCAUGCGCAACAGCAGCAGCAGGGAGGGUGGCAGGCGGCGCAGCCGCAACCGCAAGGCGAGCAGGCGUACCCGUACAUCCAGCGGCAGCACACGCCGAGCGGACUCGUCGCGGCGAUAGCGAACGAGGAGGUUGUACCUGCUUCGGGCCACGGACUUGGCGUCAGCGCGUACGGCGAGAUCGUUCCGGCUUCGACGCUCCCGCCGCGACAAAGGUCGUCGACGACUGCGUAUCAGCAAACGAGCUUUCGGCAGUCGAUGCCCGGGCAGCCGUCUGUCUCGCUCUCGUCGCAGCAUGCGUAUGCCGCGCCGCCACCGCCUAAUCACUUCCAGCAGCAGCGAUACGACGGUGGCGUCAGCCCGCUCAAUCAGCAUCUGUCCGGCAUGCUCGAACGAGACAACGAGCGCGGCGGUGUCAACGGAGGGAACGCUGGAUGGACGAGCAUCAAGCGCGAGACGCCCGGUCCUGUCUCGCCGCCCGUCCAGCACCAGGAACCUCCGCCUCUGCCGCCGCAGUCUAUGCCCUACGCCCCGCCGCAGUACCAGCACUACCCGCGCCCCGAUCAGCUCCCGCCUCCUUCGAACCAGCCGCAGAACCCGCAGCAGCAGUGGUGGCCGAACGACCCGUCGUGGCAGCACAGCUUGCGACCUGACGGUCAAUGA